UGCAAAGCCUAAUGCUUCUCACCACAGAUAAGAGGCAGCGAGGCGCAGAGGCUGCAUGCUGAUCCCUCAGCGCGCCCUGCAUGCUGUCUGCACCACCUCUAUAGGUGGCUCAACACCAGGAACUGACUGCAACUUUCUAGGAACUGGGAGACCCUGGCUGGCACGAGGGUCUCAUCCUCAGAAGACAAAGCCCCCGGCAUGUGCUGCGCACAGGACACAAUGGGCUGCGUGUAGUUGUCCGCCAGUUCAUCAUCCAGCAAUGUGCCCGCUGUGGGAUCUUCAGCACUUUACUCCAGGACACAAAGAACUGGCCACAAAAGGAGAAAAGGACCAAAUACUAACCCUUGGGAUCUGCCUGGAGAAAACUGGACAGAGAUUGAGAGGAUGCACCCAGGGAGUAUUAGCGCUGCACCCUGAGGGUGCCUGUGGAUUUUCCAGGCGCUGUGAAUAGGGUUUUUUAUUCCAGGAUGAAAGCAGCUGUGGCUCUGAUUAUUUCGGGAGUCUUGCUCCUGGUGGGGGGUAUUUACUGGGUAUGGAAAGACCCUCACCCAACUGAUCACCCUGGAUAUCUCCCCCAAAGGGCACCCAGAGCUUUGCGCCUCCCUGCGCUCUCUCCGCAGACACCCCCAGCAACUGAGGCUCACCCGUCAGAAUCAGAACAUAGAACUACUGCAUAUGGGCACACCGAUGAAGGGAACCACUCACAGACCUUUACCCCUCUGGAGCAAGGGAUCUUCUGGGCUCGGGCACUGGAGAGGGCACUGCCCCAGGGCUUCUCAGAUGAGUACACUUUACACUGGCAGGAGUUUGCCCGGACAGCGAGCAUUGUGUCAAUGGAGAAGGGUUGUGGGCGAAGCACUAACAGAUUGGUGACUCUAUCCGAUGGGAGUCGGGCAUGUGUACGCUAUGGGAUUAACCCAGAGCAGAUCCAGGGAGAGGUCCUCUCUUUCUACCUUUCUCGCCUUUUGGGAUUGCACACUGUGCCGCCUUGUGUUCUUUCUAAAGUGGGUGGCUCUCAAUGGGCACCAGUACAAGCUGAACUGGGGGGCACAGGAUGGACGUCAGGGUCACUGGUCACCCUCACCCCUUGGCUGCACAAUCUAAGCUCAGUGUUGCCACCUCCAGCCCUUCGUGCCGAGGAUGGCAGGUUGCUCCCCUUACGCGAGGAACUGCACUCAGGUCACGCAGGGGUGGUGGAGCUGGCGCAAUGGGGGGAUCUCAUUCUCUUUGAUUAUCUGACUGCCAACUUUGACAGACUGGUGAGCAAUCUCUUCAGUCUCCAAUGGGAUUCACGUGUCAUGCUGCGAGGAACGAACAAUCUACACCGCACCCCGGAUGGGACCCUGGUACUACUGGAUAACGAGGCCGGAUUGGUCCACGGAUACCGCCUGCGGGACACUUGGGACAAAUACAACGGGCAGCUCUUAAGCACGGUGUGUCUGUUCCGCAGGGGCGUGGUCAGGCGACUGCGGGAACUGUAUUUGGGGCGGAAAGCGGCUGAGGAGCUGCACGCGCUUUACAUAUCCAGCGAGCCCAUGGCUGCGGAUCUAGGCUUACUGACUGAGCAAGAGGCGCAGAUCUUGCAGGAUAGGGUGGGGGUAAUAUAUAGACAUGUACAGACCUGCCAAGGCAAGUACAGCUGAUAAAGGGUUAACUGGAACCCAAGAGAGCCAGAUACCAGUUGGGCCAGUGCCAGGUGCAGGGCAGUACUGGGAGACACGGGGGAAACCAAAGGGUCUUCUGGUGUAGGCUAUAGAGCUAAAGGGUCUGGUCUUCAGACGGGCAAAUACUACUGAUUCUAGGGCCGUGGUCUCCAGCCUUGGGCUCUCCAGCUGUUCUGAAACUACAACUCGCCACAUGGUGGGAGUUGUAGUUUUGCAGCAGCUGGAAAGCCACCGUUUGGAGACCACUUUCCCAGCCAUGGGGAUGGAAAUGAUAUUUCUAAUAUUUCAGGGACUAAAACUCAACAUGUUUAAGCUACUAACGACAUUGACAAUUGUCUAGGAGGCUGUUCUGACCAGGCUGAUAACAGAGGACAACAGCUCGCUGUCAGCCCCAUAGCAAUGAUGUCAACCACUCUCCAGGUAUUGAGGUGCAUCUUUAUAUAAGGAAACUUUUGUAUCAGGAGUGUGGCCCUUUAAGGCGACCAGGGGUGAUGGUGGGUUUGAUGUUGUAAAUACGGGGGAGCGGAAAUAUUUAUCAGGAAUGGAUCUUAUUCCCCACCAGCUGUAAAAGAAAUGAGGGACCAAAUAAAUUCCGUCACGAAG